AUGGAUUUGAACGAAGAAUCCAUUAAGCAGGCAGCUACCGAAAAUAUGGAAACAGAAGAUACACACAAAGAAGAUGAUCUUCUGCAAAGUGUCUCGAUGGAUAAUGUUGGAAGUGGGGGAUCUGUCUCGUCUUCCAUUCUGAACUCUGAAGAUGAAGACGACGGAGUGAAUGUCACCAUUAAGGAGAUACGAAAUGAACAACAACAAAGUGAGUCAAGGCCAGUCUUGAAGCCAAAGCUAAGUGGAGCGAAAAAGAAGCGGUUCAAGAAAUUGCUGCUGAGUGGGCAUGGUCGAGAGGAAGCGCUUUCGAUGGUACUAUUGCCCCCAAAUGUGUCUACACCGAAGAGACCAAGGAAUAUCAACAGCAGUAACAACAGUGACGGAAAACCUAUCCCCAAAAAGCAAAAGGGGCAGGUUCACACGUCUGUGAAUAAAAGGAUGGAAAAUAUUAGGCAAGAGCAAUCAGUUGGUCAAAAUCCGACCUACAGUGACGUGGCCAAAUGGGUAAGGGUAGGAAUUAUGCCAAAGAACUAUCCACAAAUCCAAUUGACGAUGGAACAGAUGUACGUCGUGCAGGAGGCCAUACUUCAAAAGGUCACACAGCAAAGAAGAGAGUCCUUCAAACCGAAAUUCAUCAACUGUUGGCAACGAACUGGACAUCUAGUGAUUAAUUGCCAAGACACGGAAACGGCGGAUUGGCUAGAUUCUGUAGUUCCUAUGCUUACUCCAUGGGAAGGCGUGGAACUAACGGUAAUCGACGCGGACGACAUCCCAAGAUUAGACGUGAUGAUUGGCUUUUUCCCUCAAAGCGUGAACGACGAUAAUGACACUAUCCGGGUUUUCAUAGAGAGCCAAAACGAUGGCUUGAGCACCAACAAAUGGAGGAUAAUUCAACGUAACACUCUCUAUGAGAAACACGUUGAGUGGUUCUUCACUGUGGAUGAGGCGUCCAUGCAACAUUUUAAAGCAUGUAAUUUCCUCAUCAACUUCAAGUUUGGGCAAACAACUCUACGGAAAAAAGGUAUGUACAAACCCGAUUCAGAGGGGAUGGUUGAUUCGAGUGACGAUCUCAAAGGCAAGAAGCCGGAAAGUUGCCAGAAUUCUGGGAACAAAGACGAUCUUAGUGUCCCGGGAACAAGUGGAACUGACGGAAACUUGCCAGGAGUAAUGUCCUCCAAAACCAACCAAAAUCCUGAUCAAAACCUUCAAGAAAACUCCAAGGACUUGAAUCACUCUGGGCAUCCGAUGGACAGGAACCCAUGUGGGCCUCCAAAUGACCAGAUAAUUUCUGGGCCUCCUAAAGACCAGAAUCUUUCUGGGCCUUCAAAGGACUGGAUUUUUUCUGGGUCUCUAAAGGACCGGAAUAUAUCUGGGCAUGCAAAGGGCCGAAAUGAUUCUAGGCCUCCACAGAACCGUAAGUCAUCUGGGCUUUCAAAGGACCGGAAUUACUCUGAGUCUCUAAAGGACCGGAACAUAUCUGGGCAUCCAAAGGGCCGAGAUAGUUCUGGGCCUCUACAGGACCGUAAAUUCUCUGGGUCAUCAAAGAACCAGAAGCAGUAA